GAGGUAUGCUUGAAGCCGUCGAGCACAGCACGGAUCGAAGACGUUCGCGUGGCGGUCGAAAGGAUGCUAGAGAAAAGAAGCUUGAGUUACGUUGAUGGUCCUGUUCCGGUGCCUGUUGAUGAUUGUUUUCUUCUUGAGAAUGUACAAAGAAUUCAGAUCUGCGACACUGAUGAGUGGCUGGACAAGCAUAAAGUUCUCUUGUUUUGGCAAGUCAGGCCUGUUGUAUAUGUGUUCCAGCUUAAUGAAGAUGGGCCAGGUGAGGAACCGAGUGGAGAUGACACACUUUCUAUCUUCAAUGAGUGGGCAUUACCAGCAAAAGAAUUUGAUGGACUGUGGGAAAGCUUAAUUUAUGAAACUGGGCUCAAGCAGAGGUUGCUGAGAUAUGCUUCCAGUGCGCUGUUCUUUACUGAGAGAGGUGUAGAUCCUUGUCUUGUUUCAUGGAACCGGAUUAUCCUUUUGCAUGGACCACCAGGAACGGGAAAGACAUCUUUAUGCAAAGCAUUAGCGCAGAAGCUGUCCAUACGUUUCAAGUCAAGGUACUCUGAAUGCCAAUUGGUUGAAGUCAAUGCUCAUUCCUUGUUUAGCAAAUGGUUUUCUGAGAGUGGUAAAUUGGUGGCAAAACUUUUCCAAAAAAUUCAAGAGAUGGUGGAGGAAGAAAACAACCUAGUCUUUGUCUUGAUUGACGAAGUCGAAAGCCUUGCUGCUGCCAGACAGGCUGCCUUGUCUGGUUCUGAACCUUCAGAUUCUAUUAGGGUCGUCAAUGCAUUGCUCACUCAAAUGGACAAAUUAAAGUCUUGGCCAAAUGUGAUCAUUCUUACAACAUCAAAUAUAACUGCAGCAAUUGAUAUUGCUUUUGUUGACCGAGCAGAUAUCAAAGCAUAUGUUGGUCCCCCUACUCUUCAAGCACGAUAUGAGAUCCUGAGGUCUUGCUUGCAAGAAUUGCUACGAGCAGGAAUUCUCACGCAUCCUCAAUUGCACGAUCAUUUCCCGCUUCCGACCUAUGCAACCUUAAAGGAGAAGCUCCAUUCCUGUGAGGCCGGGGAACUUCAUGGGCCAGUUUAUCUACCCAGACUGCUGCUUGAAGCAGCUGAAUUGUGCCAGGGGCUGAGCGGUCGAGCUCUCAGGAAGCUUCCGUUCUUGGCGCACGCGUCUAUAACCAACCCUUCAACUUGCACUACUUCCACAUUCUUGGCCGCGUUAAUACAGACUGCACGAAGAGAGCUCUCCGAGUCACGCGCU